CCAUUUCUCAAGAAACUUUCUUUCCUAGCUCUCUUCCAUGCACUCAUUCAAUUGAGAGGCAUAUCUAGUAGCUUUGUAGUUCGAAAACGAAAUAGCCAUGGCAAAAUCCAUUACCCACAAAAACUUUCUUCUGUGCUACUUCCUCCUAAUGUUGGGUCUUUCUGUUCCCAUUUCUGGUACAAAAUACACUGUCCCUUGGGACAACCUGGAUCUUAACCUUACCCUUUAUCCUGUUGGGAAGAAAUUUCAUGUUGGUGAUAUCCUCGAGUUCAAGUAUGCUACAUUUUCCAGUGCUGUUUUCGUCGUUGAUCUGAUUGGUUUUGCUGAUUGUGAUCAUAGUAAAGGAUACAUUGCUGAUGCCGCAUUGUCUGGGGACACUUUCGUAACUCUAAACCAAACCGGUUUUAUGUACUUCAUUUCCUUCUUUGAACAGUGUAUCACGGGGAUAAAACUCGUAAUCACCGUCUCCUGAAUUAUCAGGAGUAUGUAACCAUGUUCCAAAAUGAUUGUCAUAUUUAGUUAUUUCUUUUAGUAAAAUUCGAAAUGAAAGUGUAACUUCGAACUUAACAAAUCAUUUGGGAUGAGGGGGAUUUAAAUAUAAAUAAAAGAUUCCUUCUGGGGGAUUUCUUUUGUUGAUGUUC